ACUGCAGUGAUGUCUGGUAGUUUCUUGUGGGUAUAACAAUUUGCUUCUAGCAUUCAUUAUGAUAGAAUGGCUGUAAGUCCCUCUGAUUCUGUUUUAAAAUAGAAUAGAAGAUUUAGCAGUUAGAGGGCACCAUGGUGUACCGAUUAGCUCUGUCACCUCACAGCAAGAAGGGUCUGGGUUCAAACCCUGGUUCACCUGGGUUUGUAUGUUCUUCCUGUGCCUGUGCCAGAAAACCUCAUGAGGUAGUAUUGCUACAGAGUUGCCUGGGAUCAUGCUGGACUUACUCUGUCCACAUCACAAACUGAUGCUAGGACAAAGCAGAACUGAGUCACUGGAUCAGGCCUUCGUCAGGUCCCCAAAAGCCCCAGGUCCACUGCUUGCAAAUGGAUUUUUGGUUAUUUGAUUAAUUUGGUAAUUUUUGGGUAAUUUACACAACUAAAGCACAAUACGAACUCAUGGAUGUCCUGUGUCAAAAUUUACAUUUUAUCCUAAGGCUUCCUAAUAGGUUGUUUUGGCCAUGCUCCUACGUUAUACACAGAGGUGGAGAAUGUAUGCUGUAUGCUGCAUUAGCAUGAAUGUGUUCAGCAAAUUUUAUUUCAUUAAAUUAUGAGCAUUUGACCAGAGGGGAGCACCAGAGAAAUGCAUUACAUAUCAACAACCUCAGCAGAUAGCAAUAAUAUUGUGAACACAGCUCAUCACACAUACAGAUCCACUAAAUGGCAAUGGCAUAUAUUUACUGUUGGUUUCUGGCACAAUGCUAUUCUUGUUGGAAGUGUGCCAGUGAUCUUGAAUGACUGACAAUCUGACACUGACAAUCCUCUGACUAUCUGUAAAAGACUGUUAUGGAUGAUGUGAUGAUAGUUUCAACAUUACAGUGUAGAGGUGGAGCAGGAGGUCUACAGUCUAACAAAUGUCUACAGAAAUAUUUCAUUCAUUAAUGUGAUAGUGACCGGGGAACAGUGUUUGUAAAAGGCUAUGUGACCUGAUUUGAGGGGUAUUCUUUGCUAAUUAUAUUCAACAUCAUCAGGGAAUAUCUUUCCAUACAGUGAGGUCACUUAUUACAGCACAAGUUCUACUUUUUUCAGCUAAUUGUGGUUUGUCAUUUACUCUGUGGAAUUAACUUAAACUAUAACACUUCCCCAGUGAGAUGAUACCUAUCAAUUAAGCUUGGUUAUUCUUUCAUGCCAGAAACAAUUCUGGAUGUGUCUCUACAAUGUGCAGACUCCGUCAAAGCAAACAGAAAGUGUGUGUUUUUAAAGAGUUUAAAGUGAAAAAGAAAGAAAAAGAAAAGCAAAGAAGGUGAAAUGAGACAAAGACAACAGGAGAGAGUGAGCCGAGAAGUGCUGUUGAUAUCUGAUUCAGAUGGAUCAUUCUCCUAACAAAUAAUUCUUUGAUGGUUUUCAUGAUAACUCUCAUCAAAGCUUUUCAUAGAUCUGGGUUUACCUGAAACUGUGUCAGAGGGCUAACUGUGUUAUUAUGGGAUGACCAUUUUCUAAUUUGUCCUCUUAGUCUCGCUCCCUCCCUCUCUGCGUGUCUCUUCUGGAAGCCUCCCCUCCCUUCUUUUCCAAUUACAGUAGGUGUGGGAGAGCGCUCUUUCCUGCACACGCAAGGUGCUUCACUUAAGAGUUUCAUCUCCCAGACACUCUGUCUUCCUGAAUCCCAGAAGCUCCAACAAAACUCUUGCACUUCUUACUCAGCUCAGCUGCUGCUCCACAAGGCUGCCAGGUCAACUCUCAGCAGUGUUAACUGAAGAGCAGACACCAGCCCAAAGAGCAGGAUGCAGCGUAUCAGGGAAGGCAUUCACAUACGCACCAUGAAGGCAAAAAGGAAAGUAGAGGAGAUCUCCAAAGAGGACGUCCAGGCUUUCCUCAAGAAGAAUGCCUUUGUGCUCUUUACAGUCGGGGCAGUUAUUGUAGGCAUUGUUUUGGGAUUCGCACUCCGCCCCUAUAAGAUGACCUAUCGAGAGGUGAAAUACUUCUCCUUCCCUGGAGAGCUGUUAAUGAGAAUGCUUCAGAUGCUUGUUCUGCCCUUGCUGAUCUCCAGUCUAAUAACAGGAAUGGCAGCUUUAGACAGCAAAGCCUCAGGAAAGAUGGGAAUGAGAGCCGUGAUUUACUACAUGACAACAACCUUCAUUGCAGUCUUCAUUGGUAUCAUUAUUGUCCUAAUCAUCCACCCAGGAAAAGGAUCAAAAGAUGAGUUUGGAAAGCAACAGACAAUAGAGCAAGUCAGUCCUGCUGAUGCCUUCUUAGAUCUGAUCAGAAAUAUGUUUCCACCAAACUUGGUCCAAGCCUGCACACAGCAGUUCAAAACCAAAUAUGGAAAGCGAGCAGUCCACGUGACAGUGACGGUGAAUGACACCCUCUUCAACUCAACCAAUGGCACCCAGGAGGUCAUGGAGAUCAUCCGGGAGGAAGUGAUCCCAGUGCCAGGUCAGGUUAAUGGGGUCAAUGCCCUCGGGCUGGUGGUCUUCUCCAUGUGCUUUGGUCUGAUAAUUGGCAAUAUGAAGGAGCAGGGCCAGCUCUUGAGGGAUUUCUUUGACAGUCUCAAUGAAGCAAUCAUGCGCCUGGUUGCCAUCAUCAUGUGGUAUGCUCCUAUUGGUAUUCUGUUCCUCAUAGCAGGAAAGAUUGUGGAGAUGGAUGAUCUGACACAGAUGGGUGGCCAGUUAGGCAUGUAUACCAUCACAGUCAUCAUUGGCUUGCUGAUUCAUGCCGUUCUUAUUCUUCCCACUCUUUAUUUUGUCAUCACUCGACAAAACCCCUUUAUCUUCAUUGCUGGGCUCCUGCAAGCUCUCGUAACAGCCCUGGGGACAUCCUCCAGCUCUGCCACCCUCCCUGUCACCUUUAAAUGCCUGGAGGAAAACAACCGAAUUGAUAAGCGAAUCACACGUUUCGUGCUGCCUGUGGGUGCCACCAUCAACAUGGAUGGAACAGCUCUGUAUGAAGCGCUGGCAGCCAUCUUCAUUGCUCAGGUCAACAAUAUGGAGAUGAACUUUGGUCAGAUCAUCACCAUAAGUAUCACUGCAACUGCAGCCAGUAUUGGAGCUGCCGGCAUUCCUCAGGCAGGCCUGGUCACCAUGGUGAUUGUACUAACCUCUGUUGGACUUCCUACUGAUGACAUCACCCUCAUCAUUGCAGUUGAUUGGUUUCUGGACCGUUUACGUACCACCACCAAUGUUUUGGGGGAUUCAAUCGGAGCUGGCAUCGUUGAGUUCUUGUCUCGACACGAGCUCCGCAGCAGAGAUGUGGAGAUGGGAAACUCAGUUCUGGAGGAGAAAGAGAGGAAGAAACCUUACAAGCUCAUCUCCCAGGAUAGUGAUUUUGAAAAUGAUAAACGUGCUCACAGUGAAUCAAACAUGUAGUUCAACCCUCAACAUCUGCCACAUCUGUCAACACACACAAACAUGCAGCAGUUUUUGGGAGUAAGGACCUAAUAGUGAGAUGUUGUUAUCAACCAUGGUUUUACUCUCAUUAUCCCACACUUUGUUACUGAUUUGUUAAUAUUACAUUUUUGUCAUGUCCCAGACGUGAUGAAUUCCUUACAUUCCUCUAUCUAAAGAUCAAGUUCUUGUGUUUCAAAUAGGACUGGUAGUUUCUGUUUUGUAUGUUUACUACUGUAAUUAAUAUUAGUAUAAUGUCAUAUUACACACAUUGAGGUGAAAGUGGGUUUCAGUGCAUUCUGGAUGAAGGGUUUAGAAACUGAAGUGACAGUUCUUUAUUCAUUUAUUGAUUUAUUUUUAAUUAACUACAGAGCAUCUAAGAUCACUAAACUGGAAAGUAGGCUAAUGGCUACAAAUGCUCUUGUCAUCAUGAGGAAAAUUAUUACUUUUGAAGAAAUUAAUAUAGACAGACUUUUGUUAUCAGGACAUGAAUAAAUCAACUUAAAUUCAGAUUUUAUCUACAUUUUCCCAACAAUAGCCGGUUAAUAUUGUGGUUAUUACAAGUGUAUUAGACAUUUUACGAUUUUUAUGUUUCAGUGGUACACAUUCACAGACUCUUUUUCACACACAUAGAAUUAAAAAUGCAGAUGCGUCUUUACAUUUUGAUGUUGUGUGACCUGCUGAUCUUUUUACCAAUAUUGCUCAUUUACCGUAGAUAUGAGACAAGUGAAUAUGCUGGAUGUUUAAUACAUGUUAAAGUCUCUGAUUUCUUUAUGAAGGGGUGAAAUUGAUAUUCAAGACUUGACUGAAACUCAAUAGCUUUUUGUGAAACAAGUUGUAUUAGUUUUUCUUUAUUAUAAAUUCCAGUGAAAUAAACAGAAAAAAAGCCUU